GUCUCGCGAGACCGGAAGCGGCGAGCUUCUGGUUGCUUAGGUAACGGCGUCCCCGGACGCAGGAGGGCUUGGGACCGGCCUCUGCGGACUCCAGCGAGGCUGCGUUGGCGGGAAAGAGCCCUCCUCUGUGGAGAAAACAGUUUAUCCAUGGAUAUUAUAAAGGGGAACCUAGAUGGAAUUUCAAAACCAGCCUCGCAUUCAAGAACCCGUCCUGGGAGCAGAAACUCAAAUGCUUCUAUGGAAGUGCUCUCACCGGAACCUGCCUCUUUUAAGGUUGAUACUGCGAUCAAGUUGCUGAACUCUGGUGAAGAAGACCGGUCAGAAAACCGUGAUAUGGAGGGAAGAGGAGAUAGUAACAACGAGGGUGGAGAAAAUUUCCCUGAGGAAACAAAACUGGCCAAAGAGGGCUCAGAUGAUGAUUUGGAGUUGGUUCAAUGUCAGAUAAUCCCUGAAUGUUCAGAUAAACCAAAAUUAAAAGAAGAAGAUUCUCAACUCCAAGAUGCUAUUUCUAAGAUGAAACAACUUGAUAAAAUAUUGGCAAAGAGGCGAUGUAGAGAAAAAGAAGUUAAGAAGCAAGGUCUAGAAAUGAGAAUAAAGCUGUGGGAGGAUCUCAAGUCUGCACAAAAAGGUGAAGCAUUUCAAAGUAACGAGGAGAUUGAAAAUACCAAAAAGUUUUUGUCUUUGACGGCUGCGUCUGAAGAAAUGGUUGCCUUAUUCAAUGUUUUAAGGUUAACAGAUUUAAAUAAUCCUUCUCAUUGUAAGGAUGAAGGCGUGUUUUUCUCAGUGUUUCACACUCAAGUCCCUCCAGAAGAAUAUGAAAAACACAUGCAGACUGCUAAUCAAGAUUUUACUGAUGAUAUGGAAAGACACGAUUCAUUGGUCAAAGCUGAAAAGAAACCUUCCUCAAAUACAGAAAAGUUGGAGCUCAAGGGUAAACACAACCAGGAUUUUAUUAAGAGAAACAUUGAGUUGGCCAAGAACUCAAGAGACCUAGUGGUUAUGACUGACAAAGAGAAGAAAAGACUGGUUGAACUUCUGAAGGAUUUAGAUGACCAAGAAUCCGUGCUGCCCUGUUGUGAGGGUGAUCAGAGUGGCUGGUUGUUUCCCGGAGAAGGAUACACACUGGCUCCCACUCAGUAUGCACAACUUGCUGAAAUCGACACAAAACUCCAAGAACUUUCUGUAGCCUCCUUGACCAUGCCCAGCUUGUUUGCAAAACCUGACUGUCAGAAUGAACAGGCAUGUGGCCUUAAUGAUGAAAGAAAUAUGGAAAUAUCUCCAGGAGAAAAGGUCCUCCGGAACACCAAAGAGGAGCGGGACCAGCAAAAUCGACUACGAGAGAUAAAUGAAAAGCUGAGAAGAAUGAAGGAAAACGUGUUAGAUUCCCCAACACUGCUCUCUGAUGAGCAGCUAAAGUGUCUUCUGGAUGAAUGCACAUUCAAACCACAAUCCAGCAUUGUACUUCCUGAUGGCGGAGAAAACAAAAAUGUCAAGGAUGUUACAUCUGAACCACCCCUGCUAUCCAAGUCCAUCCUUUCUAAGUUGCUAAAUGGGUCAGAAACAAAAGCCCAGGAAACUGAGGCAGAAGAUGCAGGUGUACUUGAGAAUGCCGACUGUGAGCCACCCUCUCAAGGCUACUACCUCGCUAAAGCUUUGACUGGACAUCAAAUGCCGGAAGCUCUUGUCGCUGAAGUGGAGAAUAUGAAAUGUCUUCUAUUUCCUAAGGCUGAGGUUUUCAAUGACACCGAAGACUAUUUUAUGUCAAAGGCUGUUGGUAUUGGGAGACUUCGAAGGCCCUCUUUCUUGGAUGAUCCACUGUAUGGUAUUAGUGUGAGCCUUUCAUCACAGGAUGAGCAUCUGAAAUCCAGCCCUCCUGAGAAAGCAAAAACAGGAAGCCUGGCCGCAGUUGGGGAGACUUUUGGAGAAGACCUGGCGGUGGUGGAAGGGGCUGUGUGUACAUUGCCAUUCUUCAUGCCACAUGGGCAGUUCCAACGGCGCUGUGACAACAUUCUUGUUUUGUGUAGUCCUGCCUGUUUUCAGUGCAGCAGUGAGAGUCACAAGUAGUGACAUUUAUAUUAGCUACUUUAUUUUACAUCUUCAAAAGUAUUUUGGCCUGCAUUUAGGGAAGUUUUUAAUGUAUUUUUGUCUUAACU